GUGUGUGUGUUGUUUUCAGUCUUGAUUCAUUCGCCUUCACCUUCAACCUCUUUCUUAGCUCACACAGAGACAGAGUUGUGUGGGUUGGGUUCUCUUCUCAUUAUUAAUUAGAAUGAAUCUCUCUCCCAAACUCUCUCCUUCCCUUUUGGAUUCCAAUCCCAAAUAAAAUUCCAUUCUGCAACUUUCCUCUUCCUUCUCACUCUCUCUCUCUUUUCAGUUUCAUUCCACAUCUCCGUUUCUAUUGAGGGAUGGCUAAACAAAUUGUUCCUGCACAACCGGCUGCUUCUUAUGAGUAUGAGCUUCUUGAAGAUGAUGAUCAACUUAGAACUGUGGUCGUGUCAUCAAGCCAGAUAAGUCCUUGGAUUCAACCUGCAAAAUUGAAACUUAGACACAGAAUUGGGAGGGGCGCUUUUGGUGAUGUUUGGUUAGCAACUCAUCAUCAGUCAAUGGAAGACUAUGAUCAGUUUCAUGAAGUAGCUGUCAAGAUGCUGCAUCCUAUUAAAGAGGAUCACAUUAGGGAUGUGUUGCAUAAAUUUGAGGAUUUUUUUUCCAAGUGUCAAGGGGUAGGAGGUGUUUGUUGGCUACAUGGUAUUUCAAUUAUAAAUGGAAAGCUAUGCAUCAUUAUGAAAUUCUACGAGGGAUCAGUUGGUGACAAAAUGGCUCGCCUUAAAGGAGGGAAGCUUUCACUGCCUGAUGUUUUGAGGUAUGGUAUUGAUUUGGCCCAAGGAACUCUAGAACUGCACUCAAAAGGGAUUUUGGUGCUCAACCUCAAACCUUCUAAUGUGCUUUUUAUUGAAAAUGACCACGUAAUGCUAGGAGAUUUUGGUAUUCCUUAUCUGCUGCUUGGUAUUCCAUUGCCAAGCUCAGAUACGGCUCACAGGCUUGGAACACCAAACUAUAUGGCUCCAGAACAAUGGCAACCAGAAGUAAGAGGUCCAAUAUCCUUCGAGACCGAUUCAUGGGGAUUUGGGUGCAGCAUUCUUGAGAUGUUGACUGGUGUUCAGCCUUGGCGUGGGAAAUCUGUAGAUGAAAUAUAUCAUUCAGUUGUCAGAAAGCAAGAAAAGCCAUUAAUCCCUUGUGACCUUCCUCCACUACUUGAGAAACUUCUUACUGGUUGCUUUGAGUAUGACUUCAGGAGUCGUCCUUUAAUGACAGACAUAUUGCAUGUGUUUAAAAGCUUGCAGAGUGCUCUCAACAAUGAUGGAGGCUGGACAGGUCUUGGGACUGGAUCAAUCAUGGAAAAAACGAGUAACACUGGUUACACAGAGUGGUUCCUUGCAAAGGAUCGUCUGCAAGUGGGUGACACAGUGCGAUCCAGAAAGCCACCAAACUCGUGCAAACCUGAAAACAUGGAUGUUCCAGAAGGAAUAGUUGUGGGUCUAGAACGUGAUGCAGAUAGAGACGGAUUUGUUUUGGUGAGGGUCCAUGGCAUCCAUGACCCGUUAAGGGUUCACAUUUCAACUCUGGAGCGGGUCACGUUUGGCUUGGCAGCUGGUGAUUGGGUACGCUUAAAGGAAGAAGACAAAAAGCACUCACCAGUGGGUAUUAUUCAUUCCAUAAAUCGUGAUGGUAGUGUGGAUGUUGGAUUUAUUGGGAUGGAAACUCUUUGGAAGGGGAGCUCUUCAGAGUUCCAGAUGGCAGAAUCUUACUGCGUGGGUGAGUUUGUUAGACUGAAAGCCACUGUUCUGAGCCCCCGAUUCGAAUGGCCUCGUAAAAGGAGUGGGGCUUGGGCUACAGGGAGGAUUUCUUGGAUCUUACCAAAUGGGUGCCUUCUUGUCAAGUUCCCAGGGAUUUUGACUUUUAAAGAUGAAUGGAGCUCUUUCGCCGAUCCAGCUGAAGUAGAAAUGGUUACAUUUAACACUUGCCCAGGGAUGGGAAGGAAGUACCAACACCUUGAGGAUUUUCACUGGGCAGUGAGACCGCUUCUGAUUACAUUGGGCCUAUUUACAGCCAUGAAGCUAGGCAUUUUCGUUGGAAAGAAAAUUGGGAGGUCAAAAGUGAAGAAGCAACAGACCAGUGCAAUACACACAGAUGGUCAACACAUGGAUGGCCAAAGUGCAGGCAGCUCAGCUUGGAUCCCUCCAAAAGUGGCAAAUAUGCUUUUCAGAGAAGGUGUAAGCACUGCCCGGUAGUUGUCGUUCUUAUCUUAUCAGCCCACAGCUAGUUAAGUUUGCUAAUGUACAUACAGAUUGGCUAGCUUGUUAGCUAGUGUAGGGCAUUUUACGGACUUUCUGGCUGAAGUUCAAUAGGAAUAAAUAUUUCUGUCAAAUGUUUAUCUACAGCUUCAGCACAAAAGCGUAUAUCUGGUUGUUCAUAAUUGUAAAGGUACACUUAUGCUAGUUGACUAAUUUGCUGUUAUUAUUGUUAUUUUGGUUGGUUCA